AUGGAGCCAUCUCAAAAUCAACAACUGGCGGUGUGCGGCAAAGAAGCACUCGAUCUGCUCAACUGCAUCGCUCAAUCGCCUUACGAUCAGGACAAAUGCAAUUCCCUCCUUCAAGCUCUGCGUCAGUGCGUCGUCGACAAGAAAGUCAAGAAGUUCUCCCUUGCAGAACAGACCAAAGAACAAGCAGAUUCAAGCGGAACAAAACAAAUUUAA